AUAGAAAAGAGAAAAGGGAGGUUAAUGAUGAUUUUUAAAUCUUUUAUACUAGGGAAUCUAAUAUCCUUAUACAUGACAAUAAUCAAUUCAGUCGUUAUGGUCAGACUCUUUUAUGGAUUUCUGACCACACUAUCCAUAGGUCCCUCUUAUAUCUUCCUUCUACGAGCUCAGUUUAUGAAAGAAGGAGAAGAAAGAACCGAGAAGAGAAGAAUAUCAGCAACAACUGGGCUUAUUACAGGCCAGCUCAUGAUGUUCAUAUCAAUCUACUAUGUACCUCUGCAUUUAGCAUUGGGUAAACCUCAUAUAAUAACUGUCCUAGCUUUACCGUAUCCUUUGUUUCAUUUCUUCUGGAACAAUCACAAAGACUUUUUUUAUCAUAGACGUCCUACCAGAAAUUCAAUGCAUAAUCUUAGCAUUCAAUAUGUAUUCCUGAAUAAUCUCAUUAUUCAAUUAUUCAACCAUUUCAUUUUACCAAGUUCAAUGUUAGCCAGAUUAGUCAACAUCUAUAUGUUUCGAUGCAACAACAAUAUGUUAUUUGUAACAAGUAGUUUUGUUGGUUGGUUAAUUGGUCAUAUUUUAUUGAUGAAAUAGGUUGGGUUGGUAUUAGUCUGGAUACAACAAAAUAAUUUAAUUAGGUCUAAGGUACUUAUUCGAUCUAAUAAGUAUCUUGUAUCAGAAUUUAAAAAUUCUAUGGCUCGAAUCUUUAGUAUUCUGUUAUUUAUUACCUGUGUUUACUAUUUAGGCAGAAUACCGUCACCCAUUCUAACUAAGAAACUGAAAGGAAUUUCUGAACUGGAAGAAGUGGGGGAAAGUGAGGAAGAAAGAAACAUAGAAAUAGAAACUAU